GGUUGACUGGUUUCUAUGGCUACACGACCAACAAACCGUCUAGUUGGAUUUGGAUGCGUCCCCCACAACUUAAACUAAAUAACAUUAAAUCAUCACUGCAUGUUCCAGCUGCACAGACAUGUUUAAGGUUGAUGUGUCAGUGGAUGACGGUGUAUUGAAGGCUGUGGAACGAAGGAGGGAUGCUGAGGUUGAGCGGAAAAAACGGGUCUUUAGCACCAGGAACCGAAUAAUGGGAUUGGACAUGGAUGCCCUUGAGAAGCAGGUGACUGAGCGUUGCAAGCAGAAGGUGGCAGAGCAUCAGCGGGAAAAGGCAUAUGAUGCAUUGAGUCUUUCGAUUGAUCAGAUGCUCCUGAGGGAACAAAAAGAAGUAGAGGAAAAAAGAAGAGAGCUGGCUCAAGAGCUUGUGAAGUUUCGAGCACUGUACCAGCGUGAUGAGGACUCCCGUGAUGCGGAUCUUAACUAUAAAUUCCAAGGGGCAGCCAAUGCCAGUGUGAACAAUUCUGAGAUGCUUGGACCUGCCAGUAUGCAGAUUUUUCAGGGUGAGGGAGUUGGGGAGGAUGAAAGGAAAAGGGCUCAAAUGGAGCAGAAUGAGAAGAUGCUCAGAGCUCAGAAGGAAGACAGAGAGAGGCGCGAGAGAGAAAAGAAACACAAAGAACUACUGAAAGAAAUGGAGCUGGUGCAGCAGGACCUCAGAGUAGUACAACUGGAUGCUCUGGAGGAAGAGUGUAUAAGAGCUGCUUGUAUGGCUCUCAAAAGCUACAACCAGGCUCAGACAGAAGAGAGGCAGGUGCAAGAAAGACAGGACAAGCUAAAGCAGAAGGAAAUGAACAUGCUUGAAGUGAUGCACACGGUGACCUCUGACCUGCUCACCGAAUGUCCAGAGGUUGCAGAGAUAAAGAGUGAGGAAACAUCUAGGGCUCCUCGAGUGGUGCCUGACCGGUGGAAGGGAAUGAGCUCUGAGCAGCUUAGUGCCAUCUACAGGCAGAGAGAAGAACAGUGUGCUGACAAACAGAGGCAAAGACAGCUAGAGAGGCAGAGAGAACUGGUGUGGGGUUUACAGCAGCUGGAACAGGCCAGGCAGCAGGAGGAAGAGGAGAAAAGAGUCAGGGAGCUGGAGAGAGAGAGAAGAGCACGACUGGACCAGUAUAACCAGCAUCUGGCCAAAGAGCAGCAGAAACACCAGCAGUACCUCAAUAAUGAACUUUACACCAACCAGCCCAGUGUGCACUACUUCACCCAAUUCAGCACCAGCUCACGUUAGAAGCCUCACCGUCAUCUCACUGGUAACAAAUAAACUAGAGGUCUGAAUUAUAA